GCAACAGAAACGACUUUGUGUCCAUGUGGUUCAUUGGGAUCAUUUUCAAGAAAGUGGAGAAUGCAGAGAGUGUGAACAUUGACCUGACGUACGACAUCCAGUCCUUCACAGACACUGUGUACCGACAAGCCAACAACAUCAACAUGCUGAAGGAUGGGAUGAAGAUUGAAGCAACACAUGUGAAGAAGAAACAGCUCCAUCAGUACCUUCCUCCUGAAUUGGUGCAGAAGAAGAAGAGGAGCAUAGCUGAGUUGAACCGCAGCUCUAACGGGGGGAGCUCCAAGCGGCUCUCUCUGGACAGCAGCCAUCUGGACAGCUCCAGAGACACAGACUCAGGGACUCCCUUCAGCUCCCCGACCAUCAAACCUUCCAAGCCUGUGUCUGACACAGAUGAUGGCGUCAGCCCUCCCAAGCAGCUUUUUGUGGAGGUCACUCCAGCACCCAGCGCAGCAGCAGCAGCAGCUGUUACAGACCAAGGCAUGUCCAUCCCUGUUAUUGGCUCGAAGCCUGUGGUUAAAGCAAAGCCUCCUUCCCCACCAGCCAGCAGCUCCGUCACUCCGGUGCUGAGCGGGGAUGUGCAGCCCAAUGCCACCAGCAGCCCCAGAGAGGAGCCCAACGGCCUGGAGGACUCUGUUAAUGGAGCUCCUGUCAAGAGACCACACUCACCCACACAAGAGGACCUGGCCAAGAGGCACAAAGACGCAGAGGUGGUGUCCAAUGAUGACUCUGCAUUUAAAGAGCCAUAUCCACCAUCCUCUGAUUCCUACCCACAUGGUGAAGGGCACAAUACUACCCCCCUUUCUGGAUCAAAGGCUAAGCCCAUUCCAACCAUUGAUACCUCAAGAACACAGAGACUUCCCAGCAUGGAGCUGCCAGACGCCUCCUCGCCUCUCCCAGCCAGCAACAGUUGUCGUGUCGUGAAAAAUUCCAUUAAACUGGCCCUCAACCGCCACAACAUCACACCUCCAAAGCCCCCAGUGUUUGAGGACACGCUCACCACAGAUGCUCCUGCUGCCAGUGAAGAAAAGGGCAUGUCCAUUCCAGUCAUUGGCUCAAAACAUGUGGCAUCCAAACACCCAGCGCCCUCCGUCGGCAGCUCCAUCCCCACAUUAGUGAGCCGAGGUGCCGACCCACUGAACGGAGCGGCCUCCAAGAGAGCCCACUCCCCCUCGAUGGAGGAGCAGGCCAAGAGGCUCAAAGAAACAGAAAAGGCCAGAAUCCACAUAGCUUGAACACACAACUCUAGACUGGAUUCAUACGUACAGAGUCGGGGCUUUACAGUUAAGUCAAACACCGAGAAGAUGACUUCACACAGGGGCAGGGAGUGUGUUCAGGUCGGUCCAUCUCAAGUGUGAAGCAGCAGGACGGACACCUCACCUCAAAUCUUCCGAGAUUACAGAUUUGCCAGUGGAUAGGUGAUUCGGUCAAACCAGAUGUCGUCAGCACCCUCUGUCACGCUCCCAGCCGGAGGGCAUUUAACACAACAGUCCCGGAGAUAUCUGACAUGAGAACUAAAGCGACAGUUUUUUACGCAUCUUCUCCCUCAUUGUUUAAAAUGUACACAGUACAGAUGGAAAAUGAGCUGUUCUUUUCAUUUUCCCAUUUUUUUUUGUUUGUUUGUUUUUUUCCAGUUAACACGUUUUAAAACAGCCCAGAACAGUUAUCGACGCUUGCUACACACACUUCUGGUGUAUGCUGAUUUUUUUUUUUUUUUCUUUAAUUUUCCCCCAAACAGAAAACUGUACAGUAAAUGUUGAUGUACAUAACUUUUUGUCUUAAAAAAAAGCAAAAGAUCACUGUUAAGUCUUUUGACCAUUCUAUUGUAGUUUUAUCUAAAAAGGAAAAAAAAAAAAAGUUUAAAAAAUUGUAAUUUUUUUUUUUUGUUUUUCUCGUGCUUGUCCAAAAAAAAGGUCUCCAGCCCGGGAUAUUUUUUGUAAACACUGUAUAGGUUUGGAUACAGUUGCAGGGAGGCUUUAUUGAGGGUUUGCUUGGAUAUGAUGGAAAUGACAACAGUGACUCUUUGGACCACCACGACUACCCAAAGAGCACUCCAGGUUGGUAUUGGACUUGCAGUGUGAAGGUGAUCGUAGACACUCAGUGACAUCAGGGCUUCUCAGGUGCAGGUAAGAGCAAGAAAAUAACCCUUACCACAACAGGAAAUGUCAGGCAUUUUUCAGAAGAGGUAAAAUGGGUCUGAAGCUUUAUGGUUAUUGUUUGGCUCUGUGAAGGAUUAAUACAGAAAAUCAGAAGAACCAUAUCAACAACACCUAAUCCUUCUGUUCAGUGUAGCUUCAGUGUUAAAGUGUCACACCUAUUGGAGUAAAAGACCGUUUUCUGCUUGCAUUUCCUGCUGUGUCUAAGCCCUCGAUGCAAGAUUGAUGUGGAUGACAAACAAGUGUUUGCUGGACGGGUUAGACGGUCACAAGAAAGUGUUUGAAUAUCAGUUUUGUGUAUGUACCUGUGAUUGUCUGACAUCUAAAAUGAAUCUCUAGUCCAUCAGGAGGGCUAAACAACAUAAAAAAGGUCCUUUGUUCGGGAUACUGCUCAACCCCCCCACCCCCCACCCCCACCAGUUCACCGUGGUCUGUUUGCUAGUGAAGCUGAUGAAGCGAAAGUCCGGGUUGUUUUUGCAUCUGUGUCCAUGAAAGAGUUUGUGGUGCUUUGUGAAAUGGUUAGAAGCUUUUUGACGAGUUGUUCUGGUUCGUGUGUGUGUAUGCAUGCGCAUAUGGUUGACUGUGUGUGAGCGUGCAUGCAUAGAUGGUUGUGUUUAUGUGUCGGAGAGAGAGACGGAAUUCCCUUCGUUUUGGGUGUUUACCCUCUGCGCCUCCUGUGGAGGUUCUUAAAAAGCAUCUCCUGAGGCCACGGGUGGGAUGGGGGGGCAGGGGGUCAGGAGACAACUCUUUUCCUGCUGUAGGCCCCACCUUCCAUCUUCACGGUCUGAAACUGGGUGACUGUUUGAUUUCAGCACAGAAAAUAUAUGUAUACAACAAAGUAUAAAGUGAUGCUGACGAGGCACCUUCUUCUUCAGAGCAGGCAGAGAGACGCAGGGACGCAGGUUCUUUUUCCAGCAUCGGUUUCCCCAGCUAAAUGUACAGAGAACAGUUUUUUUCAAAAGGCAUAUUCUUCAUUAUUGGGGGUUUUCUUAUCACUUUAUUUAUAUUUGCAUAUUUGUACCAUGUGAUCUUUUUUUAAUAGCAUUCAUAGCAGGUAGGUCUCUUUUGAAUGAAUCUGCACCACUCUGUUUCAGACAACUCAUGUUAUGCUGUUCGGAAACAUUUAACAAAACAGGUCAUUUAGAUGUUUGUUUCUAAAAUGUAUUGAAAGGGUAUUUUUGUAUGUGUUUAUCACUUCCUUUAAAUGAGUCCGUACACCCAUUAAACCCCUAAAAACUA